UCACCCACCAGCUCUCUGUGUUUCCACCAGACCGUCCAGUCCUGCACGCCUCUGGCUGGUUUAGAGCAGCUUAGUUACCCAGCAAAGCCUUUUUUUAUUUCGGAAAGUUUGCAGCAAGAGGACGUCUCGCUGCUUGUACUGCUUCAUCUAUUUUUAUUUAAUUGUUUUUUUUUGGCUCAGAAUUUGAGUAUCUGCCUUGUUGAUUUAAACGUAAAUCGUCUGCGUUUUGCAUAUUUUGCCUCUUUUUUUUUUUUUUUUGAAAGUGCAUUCAGCCUUCUUGCCUGAAAACGGGGGAUGGGAGGACCUUAUUUGGUCUUUUUGGGACUGUAGCUGUAUUUUGUGGAAGCGGAUAUGGGCCAGUUUUCUGCUCCACAGAUGCGUCUUUCAGAGGUGAGAGCGCCGGAGCCGUGCAGCCUCGCAUAAAGCGCGGCGGCUGAAGGUUUUUUUUUUCUUCCCACCCCUGUUUGGAGGAUUUGCGACAUGGGCUGAGCUCCUGUAAUGACUCUGCGUUGGUCUCCUGAAAGCUGCUCAAAUAUGCGAGGAUGGACGGCGGGAAGCGGAGACUUGAUGAAGCUUUGAUUUCUCCGUCACUGCAACUCACGCACCGGUACCGGGCCAACUUGGAAACCUAAUCCGCUGUUUAGAGCUAAAUAGAGGAAUCAAUUAAGAAAAAAAUAAAUAAAUGCCAGUGCGUAUAUUAUUUCUAAUAUAUGCUGCUUUAAGUUAUUGAGACCAGAAAGAAAAAGUUGGUUAUCUGAUUGCAUUGAAUAGUUGUUUUUUUAAUCUGAAUUAACCAGAAGAGGGAAUUGGUUGGACUGUUUGGAUCCCAUUACGCACACUUUCCUGCGCGCUUGGUUCGGAGACGCAGCUUCGCCGCCGUUCAGGGAGUAUCCUUUCCCCCCCUUUUCACCUCCCCACCGGGCAACCAUGUGGCUCCCCUUCCUCGCCCUCCUGCUCCUGCUGCUGCUCCGGCUCUCCGUGGGGAUCAACACGUGUCAGUCCAUUGACCUGGACGCGCAGAAGUCGCGGCGCAUCGAGGCGGUGCGCGGCCAGAUCCUCAGCAAGCUGCGCAUCCGCAGCCCGCCGGAGGACGACGACGACGAGCCGCCGCCGUCGGGCUCCGUGCCGCCCGAGGUCAUGCUGCUCUACAACAGCACGCGGGAGCUGCUGAAGGAGCGCGCGCGCCUGGCGGAGUCCGCGUGCGAGCGCGAGAGCAGCGAGGAGGAUUAUUACGCCAAGGAGGUGCAGAGGAUCGACAUGCAGCCUCCGCGCACCGACUCCAAUGCCGUGCAGCCAGCGGCCCCGAACCGCUACUACAGAGUGGUCUACUUUGACGUCAGGGAGGUGGACCUGAUCAACAGCACCCUGGUUAAGGCUGAGUUCAGGAUCUUCAGGGCUCCCAACCCACAGGCCCGGGCCUCGGAGCAAAGAGUGGAGCUCUACCAGCUACUGAAGCCAGAGGAGGACAGCACCUCCACGCAGCGCUACAUCGACUCUCGGACCGUCCAGCUGCGAGCUAAGGGAUCCUGGCUCUCCAUGGACGUCACAGAAACCAUCAAAGACUGGGUGUCGGAUCCAGAAAACAAUCUCGGCCUGAAGCUGGGCGUCCACUGUCCCUGCUGCACCUUCGUCCCGUCCACCAACAACAUCGUCCCCAACAAGAGCGAGGAGCUGGAGGCCUUGUUUGCCGGUGUUGACGACGAGCGGCUCCGUCAGAUGAGGAAACCCGGUCAGGUGAAAGGCCAGGCGGAUUUCAGCACCAAGACGCCGCACCUCAUCCUCACCCUGCUGCCCAGCGACCGAGUGGACAACCCCGCCAAGAAGAACCGUAAGAGGAGGGCGGCGGCCACAGAGACCACGACCUGCUCCCGCGGGUCGGAUCAGGGCUGCUGCCUGCGCUCGCUCUACAUCGACUUCAGGCGGGACCUCAACUGGAAGUGGAUCCACGAGCCAAAAGGUUACAAAGCCAAUUUCUGCGCCGGUAACUGUCCGUACCUCUGGAGCGCCAACAACCACUACAACAUGAUCCUGCCCCUGUACAACAAGCUGAACCCCGAGGCCUCCGCCUCCCCCUGCUGCGUCCCCCAGGACCUGGAGCCCCUCACCAUCAUGUACUUCAUCGGGCGCACGCCGCGCGUCGAGCAGCUCUCCAACAUGGUGGUCAAGUCCUGCAAGUGUCGCUGAUGAAAGCAGAGCGGAGAACCGAAGGAUUGACUCCUCCCUGACAGACUGAAUCAGACGUCAGGAUCUUUGCUCUCUCGAACUCUCCUGUCGAUGUUUGGACCCUGUAAAUAUGACUACAUAGGUUUAUUAAACAUGUGCCCGUAUAUUCAAAUCCAGAAAGAAAAGCUUUGUUUUUCCAUCAGGAGCCUGCCUCGGCGGGGUUUGGCUGUGGAGCCACGCCCAGACACGUUUGGUUUUAUGCUUAAAGGUGUUAAUUUGAAGGUGAAGGCAUGCAGGGAUGAAAAAAAAAGAAAAAAGAAAAAGCGAAGGAGGGCAGGGAGCAGAUAGGAUGGAGAAGCAGGAGCUGCGUCCAGGCGGAGGCCCUGCCAUCUCUCUGCGGUCCCCAGGCUGAAAUCUACCCGCCGUAAACAGGAUGUGAAAGGUUUCCAGACACCGACCCGACCACUCACGAAACGCCAGAUUUAAACGCUCCCCCCUCGUCUCCUCUCUCUCCCUCUCUCCCUCUUUCUCUGCGUCGCUCGAGGUUCUGGGAUUUGUGGUGGGAGGAGAGAGGGAGAAAAGAGAGGCUUUGAAAAUGAGACGUGGGACGAUAGGGCCGCUUUUGGAACGGCUACACGUCAGGGAGGUGGUAAUUUGCAGCCGUGGCAAAUUUGUAACCGUUCAGGCCUGGCGCAUGCGUCCCAUAAUCACACUGCGCUCCCCUCGUCUUUUCAUCCAUUAUCUUAUUAUGAAAGGGUGCUCCUCCUGCUCUCAGGACACCUUUUUGUUUACCAGCAGCCUCAGUGAUUCACAGAGUCUCUCUACACCCAACCAUCCACACUGACCACUUUUGAUAAAAUGUCUAAAUGCUG